GGGCGGUGUCGCUGUGGGGCACUCUGGCGGCCUGCGCGCUCAUGGGUUGCCUGCUCAACUUUGCGCUCUUCCUGUGCACCGUCAACAACAGCGCCCUCACCACCACCAUUGUGGGAGUGCUCAAGGGGGUGGUUGCCGUGUUCCUGGGCUUCUUCCUGCUGGGCGGAGUGCGGUUCAGCGCCGUCAAUGUGGCCGGAAUCGCACUCAACACCGCCGGUGCGAUCUGGUACUCGGUGAUCAAGUACCGGGAGAAGAAGAGCACCAAGCGAUCGGUCCUGGCGUCUGCCAGCAUCGAGCAGCUCUCCUCCGCGCUGGGUGGCAAGGACGGGAGCCGGGACGCGGAGAAGGGCUCCAGCUACAGCCUGGCUGACAGGGAGGAGGGCGGCGGGGCAGGGGGAGGCGAGCCGCUGCAGGAGUGGUCCCCCCCGGUGGUGGAGUCCACCUCAACUGCCACUCGCCGGCACCACUGAGGGGGCAGCGGUGGCUGUGAGCGCCUCUCUGGUUGUGAGUGCCUUUCUUGGGGCGAGAGGCCGCCUCGGGUCGGAAGUGGGUCCGCUCACCGGGCCCUCUUGCAGCAGGGGUUGACUGCACCCUGGGGUCCAUCCAUUGCAGAGCUGCAAUUGAGUGUUUGAAGGGGGACAGGGGUCGGUCCGGGUCUUCUGGGCUUGGGCUGGUUGACCCAUGGGUCAGUCCGUGAGGUACCGCUCGCAUUGAGUAGACCGGGACUGCAGGUACCAAGCACACCUGCGCUGUUACCGUGACAGGGUGUGGAGACUGGCAGUGUUGGGUUUGAAGUACGGAUUAUGUGAACGCAUGGGGAAAGAGCGAGCGCGCAGAGAGUGUUCGUCGCAGAUGGUGUGUGUAUUCUUCCACCGGAUGGCUAGGUAGGUAGCGAUGGCAUGAUAGGGAACGCCCAAUAGGUCAGGCGGCGCUUCGGUGUUCCGUCCUUUUUUUAAUCAACAUUCUAUAUAGUUAUCAGACUGGUUUCGUCGCCGCUUUCAUGUGGGGGUGGGGUAUGUUUAAUCAGCUGGGCCUCGUAGUAUCACUAACCAAAGCUGUCUGCUGGGGCUGCUGUUGGGGUGUGUGGGUGCGAGCCUGAGUGGUGCCGUAGCAGCUGGGCCCCUGCUCACUCGACCCCUGCGUGCCAGCAUUCGCAGCAGGCUUGCGGCGUGUCUACGGUGUGGGCGGACACCACACACCAGCCAUGCAAAUGCACAUCAUGCUGCACUCUCGCAACAACUAGUUUCUUCAUGACGGAUGUAUGUGUUCGUGCGGACUGUUCGUAAUAAUGUUAUUGCUGGUUAGAGCCCAGGAGGGCAAUUUCAUGUUUUCCAACAGGUAGUGGCAGUUAGUAGAUGCAUUGCAGUGAGAGGGAUCCGUCAGAGAAGGAUUUUGAAGUCGACUAGGUGUACGGAGGGAACGUAGUGCAGUGGAGGCCGAACCCAAC